CAUCCUCUUUCGUCCUCUCCUCUCCGGCGAUGACGAAGCGCCGCUUCAGCGACAACGAAUGCGACGGCGGCGCCGGCAUCGGAGACCGUAAGGAGGAAGUGAAGCAGGAGAAUUCUCGGAAGAAUGGUUCGGUGUUCGAGGCCAGUGGAGAAGAAGCGGCGAAUGAUGACCUGGAAGUUGAGGAGGCUGCCAAGCCGAUCGGUAUGCCGGUUAGGGUUUCGGGGAAAGGGAGGAACAGGAAUUUGCACUUUGAGUCAUUUGAACACUAUGGCAAUGUUUACAAACUCAAUGAUAAUGUGCUCUUGUCGCCGGAGCAUGUAAAAGAGAAGCCUUACAUCGCCAUUAUUAAGGACAUAACCCAAGAUGUAAAUGGCAGUGUGAUGGUUACUGGGCAGUGGUUUUACCGCCCUGAAGAAGCAACUAAAGAGGGAGGUGGGACCUGGCAAGGAAGAGAUACCAGAGAAAUCUAUUUCAGCUCCCACAUUGAUGAGCUUCCUGCAGAAUGUGUGAUGCACAAGUGUGUCAUUCAUUUCAUUCCAAUGCACAAGCAACCACCAAUUCGUACAGAGUAUCCAGGUUUCAUUGUGCAAAAGUUUUAUGAUACUCUUCAGAAGAAGCUAUGGAAAUUAAAUGAGUAUGAUCUUGACGAUGAUGUGAAACGUGAGAUCACUCGUCUUGUUAAUGAAACUAGAAAGCGUUUAGGAGAACUUCCAGAUAUUGUUGAAGAUGCUCCUGCUAGUGUGAAGGAUAAGCUGAAGGGCAAAUUCCAAAUCAGGAGUCCGGCCCCACCUCCUCCUAAUGCUUUGAGAGGUGGAAUGACUGUGGCAUCUAGCCAUGGAGUGAAGGUGGAUUCACCUAGUGCUUCUAUUCCUGAUGUCUCCAAGUACCUUAAUAUUCUAGUUAAAUUCAAAGCUGAGACUGGAGUUGCAAACCGAGACAAGUGGUUAGCAAAGCUUCUCCAAGUAAUCGAGCCUUCAUGCAACUUGAAAGAAUAUCAGUCAGCAGAGAAAAGCACUAAUGAAAAUGGCAAUGGUUUUGGAAGAAUUUGUUGGCCAGACACUGCUGUAUCUGCGAUUGCAGCACUUGAAAAAGCUUCAUUUGACGCCUUUUCUUCUGAUUUCCAAAAAUAUAACCAGAAGAUGCGGCAAUUGGAUUUCAAUCUAAAGGGAGUACUAGCUAGGCGUCUGCUGAACAAGGAGCUGGACCCUGCAGUCAUCAUAAACAUGCUUCCAAAUGAACUAAAGGAUGGCUUCACUGCACAAGAGAAAACAUCAAAGGAGCCUGACGUGUCAAAAAAAAUGCAGAUGACUGAUGCUCGCUGUCCAAGGUGCAUGGAGAAGAAAGUUGGUGUUGCAAGUAUCAUCCAGACUGCAGGACAUAUGGACCGGUACCAGCUGGAAUGCAAUGGCUGCGGCCGCACAUGGUAUACCUCACGCGAUGCCGUCUCAUUUUUAACAACAGAUUCACCCACAAACACCGCAAAACCAAACUGAGCACCACCAGCCACCGUGACGCUUGUAAAUGACAGCGAAAGCUUGAGAAGCCACCCCUUGUUGUUCUUCUUCAAAACUGCAUAGAUGCAAAUUUGCUUGUGUAACAAAAGUAGAAAACUAUGACUUCUAAAUGCUGGUAGAUAACAGUUGUGUUUUUCAUUGGUAGACUCCUGUGCAUACAAUAGGUGGUACUGACUUUAAGGACAACGGCUAACUCUUUAUAGACAGUUUUUUUUUUGCUUUGUGGAUGUUCUCUUGAUUAUCUGCACAGCUUAUGAAUUCAAUGCUAGCUCUGAUUUUCAUUUCUA